AUGGGUCAUUACACUUCACGUGGUUACCCCACAAAAGUUGAGUGGACUAUCAGAUUGGUUAACCACAAUGACUACAUGAUGAUAAGAAAAUCUGUUCCUUUUGAACAAAUUGAAGGCUUGAAGCCUAAGGAAAUCAGUGGCAUCAACAACGAUUGUUCUGAGCCUGGAACGCUUACUCCAACGGGAUUGUUCAUCGGUAGCACAAAGUGUAUGAGGAACGAGCUAAUGGCAGGUAAAGGUGGAAAAAAAAUUAAAAAGAAAACUGAGAGAUCUCCGAGAGCUCGAAAAUCUGAUACCCCUGUUGUUGAAGAGAAUGUGCAAAAGCUAUCAGACAGGGACACUAGUGAUGAUCUGCCUGAACACCCCUCUAAGAAAACACAGGGCCAAAAAAGGAGACGUCCAUCUACUGGAGGUAGAGUCUCCAGCAGAACUAGAGCUAGAAAAGUGGUGUCAGAUGGGAAUGAGCCGGCCAAAGAAGUGGCAGUCCAGCAAGAGAGUGCCCCAGUGAGAGAUAAGACUGUAGUUUCGCUCUCACUUGAUACUGAAAGUGAAGACAUGUCUGCUGUGUCCUCCAAGAAACGGUUAACAGUGAUAGCGAAUUUGAUUACUCCACCAGAAAAUUGGAUAACGGCAGCAAUGGUGGGAGAAGAACUUGAGAAAACUGGUGAAGAAGUUGUAGAGAAAAAUUCCAGCGAGGAGGAGGAGAAAAAAGAUAAAGAACUUGAGAAAACUGGUGAAGAAGUUGUAGAGAAAAGUUCCAGCGAGGAGGAGGAGAAAAAAGAUGAAGAAGUUGCAAAGGAAGAGGCUGAAAAGGUGGAAGAAUCCGAAGAGGAAGAGGCUGAAAAAUACACUGAGGAAGAAAAACAAAGCUGGUACAUGAUUGUUUACGAAGAAUUGUUUACGAAGAACCUGACAAAACAGUUGAAGAAGCUGAGAAAAUAGUGGAAGAGGAUGUGAUACACGGUAAGCCGAAGAGGAAGAGAGGCAGACCAAGGAAGACUGAUGCUACAUUGAAG